AUGCGAAAUUAUAUAAUUGCAAUUGUUAUUACUAUAUUCAAUUUUAAUUUAUACAUUGCCAAUGACAUCGAUAAUAAAUCAAGUGAUGAUACACCAGUCGCUUCUGUCGAAGUUAACAUUCGAAUGGACAUGGCAGAUGACGAUCCGAAAAUAGCUCAAGACGGUCGUCGCAUACAACACAAGGAUCUCCGAAUCCAAAACGAAUAUCUGAUUAAAAAGGAAGCAGCACUAAGAAUUCGCGGCGGUAAUGCAACUGAUAAUAAGAACUUCCCAUAUAUGGCUGCUAUUAUUAUAAACGGGCGGCUCUGGUGCGCUGGGGCUAUUGUCGACGUGAAUUGGGUGUUGACAGCAGCCCAUUGCCUCAACUAUGUCCUUCACGUAUCACCGCUUAAGACGCUGAGUAAGUUUGUAAAGGUACGAGUUGGCAGUCCCCGUGUACAUGAAGGUGGCGUGCUAAUGGAUGUAGUUGGCGCUGUCCGCCAUCCGAAGUUCGAAGAAGAACCCGUGCCUCAUGCUGACGUUGCCCUACUUAAGUUGGCUGAAAACCUUGAAUUCGACAACCGUGUCAAUUUGAUCAGGAUUUAUGACGGCAUGAAGGAGCCUUUUGCGCAGAGUUUUGUUGUUGUAUCGGGAUGGGGAGCCACGAAGGGCACAGACACAGCAUUUAGGGAUCACACGCCAGAUCUACUGAAGGCUCGCUUGAAAGUGCGCACGCGCAACUAUUGCAUCGACGCCUACCAGUUAGUGAACGGCUUCCAGUUUACGCCGGAUUUUUUCUGCGCUUCGCUCAGGAAUGGCACUAGAGACGCUUGCCUUUUCGACGCGGGAGCACCAGCCGUGCAACGGAAUCAGUUGAUGGGCAUCAUGAGUUUCGGCCCUGAACGCUGUGGUGAUGCCUACCAACCGGCUGUUUUUAUUAAAGCUUUCUACUUCAGGGACUUCGUCAAAUCAGUAAUAUCAUCAUACAAAACCACUGGGGAACUGAUAAACGCAAUAAAAGAAGUCGAACCGGCAGUAAAAGCACCAGACGCGAUGGCCAUACCUGUUGCAGAGGCAGUGGAAUCGGAAGAGAGACAAUACAGCGACGAAAAUCCAGCGACGUUAUAA